AUGGCGAUGGCCGCCGCCGCCGGCUGGAAUCUCGGCCCGGGCGCGGGCCCCAGACAUGAUGACAAGCUCACUACCAAGACCCUUAACGCUCUGGAAGAUUUGGCCAUGAUCAUUCCCAAACUCACCUGCAGGCUUGAGGACAAAGAGCAGCUGGAAGAGCGUCAGCGCACACUUCUGCAGAAUGGCGGCUCUAUCCAAUCCACAGGAGGUCUCGCGAGGAUCCAAACUGUACACGAUUGCGGUCUUAUCUACAGAGACAUCAAGCCGGACAACUUUUUAAUUGGCAUACCGCAUACGGCGGAUACUGCCACAAUAUACCUUGUGGAUUUCGGCAUGGCCAAGGUCUACCGCGAUCCCGAAACUAAGGAGCACAUACCUUACGGCGAGGCACAGUCCUUGUCCGGCACGGCUCGGUACAUGAGCAUUAACGCCCACUGUCGUCGCAGCCAGUCUCGCCGCGAUGAUCUCGAAGCCAUCGGCCAUGUUUUCAUGUACUUUUUGAGGGGAAACUUGCCGUGGCAAGGCGUCAAAGCACCGCAGAACGACCAGCGGUACGAGCUGAUGUGCGAGAAGAAGCAGGCCACAAGCAUUGAGGAUCUGUGCGGAGAAUAUCCAGAACAGUUCGCCGAGUACUUGGCAUACACACGUGGACUCACAUUCGAAGGCGAUCCGGACUAUGACUACCUUCAGGGCCUUUUCAGCCAGGUGCUUUCUGGCCUCGGAGAGUCGAAUGAUGGUGUCUACGAUUGGCUCUUGCCCAAAGGUACCACCCAGCCUACACUCCCUGUCUCCGUUGCAGAGGCUCAGGUGUCUGCCGAACGGGGUCCACAGCCGGACGCGGACAAGACACCGGCAUGUUCUGCAACCGAAAAUCCACCGCCAUCAUCACCACCUGGAAAGCGGCGCCGAUCCGAGUUUGUUUCCGACCUUGUGCCACCAAUGCGUAUUCGGCCAAAGAUAACCACCUUUUCCUUUUAUGACGGCGACGCACAUUCCUAUUCUCGCUUCAGAAACCCUGUCCGGAGUGCGGCUACAAGUUUGGUGUCUCCUGCAUUUACGGACCUGCUGGACUCGACCCUGGGAGCGAUCAACUCGGAGCUGGAAGACAUGUCGGACAAGAUGUUGCAAGGGGGUGACUGGACCGGAAUGACACGCGUCAGAGCCUUGUUCGACAAGCUUACGGGCGCUGUGCAGCGGGAAAUCCAGCGGCUGCAACAUAUACAACGGCGCUCCAGCGAAAGAGCGGCAUCUGAAGCCCAAGCCCAGACCUCCCCGUCCUCCGAUUCUUUACAGCAGCCUCCAGCACAAGUCAUCGUGGCCAAGGGAAGGGGUGAGGGAGAAGGAGGGAUGACCGAGGACAUCGUGGUGGAUGUGGAAGAGCUGAUGCUUGAAGGCCAGACAGAGACUAGGCCACUGCCGGUCGCAGAAGCCGUGCCGACAGGCCUGUCGGUCGGGUCCAAGGACGACGAGAUUGAGCCGCGCAGGACUACGGCAGAUGCCGAUCCUGUUGCUGCCCCAGCGAGUCCGUUGCAGCCAAAGAUGGGUGCCCUGUCGCUCAAUAUGGGCCCGCCGCUGGAUGCGGAUGACACAGACAACAAGCUCGAGGCUGGUGACGAAAAUGCCGAUGACGACGACAGCGCGUUCGCUUUGGUCUACCGAACGGCAUCGGGAACACAAAAGGUGCUGCGGAUGCCUGGCGGACGCAAGCCCGAAUAG